GGGCUGACCUGCAUGAUGAGAGAGUUGCUGGUGGCGACAUUAGGCUCCUUGGACUGCAGCUGGCGGUGGGAGGUGUUCAGGCCGUCCCAGGACGCGCUUACUAUGCUCACCGUGUUGGCAUGCACCACCGUGAAGUAGAUGUCGCGCUCUGCAUCCAAGUCCCGCGCGGACACUCGGGGCCCAAAAGCCCCUGUCCAAGCGGCCUCUCCUCAGAGCAAUGACCCCCCCGUGGAAGAAGACGUGGUCCCCGGUCACCUGACCCAGACACAGUGGGAGGACUUGCUGAAGCUGGAGGAGACGGGGGAAAACGUUGAGGGGAUAGUGGAGGACCUCAUGGGCAAUGUCAUGGAGAAAUGUCUCAAGUCACACAUUCACAAACAGCUUGUGGCUUUCACCGUAUGCUGGGCCAAAGACUUCCUAGUCGAGGCUAUGGAACUGGCUCUCCUCUACCGUGACCCAGGAGACGGGCCGGAGGAGGCCUUCUCCACUGCUGAAGACUCACAGCCGGUGCCUUCACCUAUAGACUCCUGGGCCCAAGGCUGUGUGCCUGUUGUAUCCAUCAGCAGUCCUCCUCCUCUUCCUCCUCACGCAACUCCUCACAAAGCAGCAGGGCUGGAUAAAAAAGAGCCAGGAUCUCCCCGGCCGCCCUGCCCAGAGGCCCAGCUGAACAGCUCUAGAGUACAACAUGAGAAGCAUAGAGAGAGGAGUGGCCCUGCAGAUCACAGCCCUCACAGAAUAGCCACCCCUACCCCACCAGGCAAAAGUGAUAGAAAGAAAAAAAUGAAGAUUCUGCUAAAUACUGCGGCCAAAGAAUCAAUCCAGUCCUCAACACAGUCCCUUUCCCGGUUGGUUACCCAAGGGGAGCAGGAGGAGGACAGGAAGAGGAGGGUUCGUUUGUCCACUGAUGGGUUUGAUUCGUUACCUGCGUCUGAGGGCAAGCAACCCGUGUCAAAGCGACAUCAUGUCCUCCAGCCCCUGCCUCUUGUCUCUCCUCAGUAUGAGAUCCUGGACACACUGCUCCCUAAAAGACAGACCAUACAUGGACUUCCUCUCUCAGGGCACAAAUACACCAAACAGCGUGCGGUGUCAACCAGCAUGAAGCUCAAGCCAUUACCCAACUACACGGAUAAUAAGGCCAAGCUUCAACAAAGACCAAACGCCCAGCCCAGGACUGAUUUCUGGCUUGAGCCCAGACACCAUUCUACUCCCGUGGACAAGAGUGGUAUAAUUAGGUUUUCCGGAAGUUUGAGGCUAGACACCAUGAAUUUAGUACCAGGGGUUUCCCUCAAUGAGUCACAGGGUCUUCAGAACAGUCCACUAAACGCUGGUACUCAGGUCUGUUUGGAUAACAUGGCUGAGCUGAGGCCCAUACGAAGGUAUCCAGCCUUGCCAAGCCUUACUACUGAGCAGCGUAGUACAGGUGUACCAGCUCAGGCAAUGCCCCUCAAGUAACGCCAGAACGUGAUCAUGGGAUGACUUUUGUUAUAUUUUUUCAAAUAAUAAAAGUACACUAAGAAGAAUGUGAUGCGAAGAGCUGUAGGUGGCGUUGUUGUAGGUCAUGCACCUGUGUGUAUAUGUGAAAGGUGAUCAAUCAAUUUGAAAUCUGAUUUUUUUUUUGGACAUCUGAAGUAGCUCACGUAAUUAGGCCUGCAUGAAAGGCAAAAUAAUAAUUAGGCUGCAUGGGAAAAAGUACCGCCGAAAAUGUUAUUUGUAAAAACAAAAAAAUAUAUAUAUACAUAUUCUGCUAACCCAAAUAAUAAUCAUAAGCGUUGACAAUAUCUCAAUUUCUUCUGAAUGAUUUGAUUAAAUCAGUUUAUCUACUAUUACAUCAACAAAGGGUAAGCAAAGUAUAGCAAUGAUGACCAUAAUUAAACUCACCCACAUUCAACUUCAAACUAAUUAAAAAGCUUGGUGGGCAAUAAGAAAAUUAUAAAAAUACAUGUUUUUAAUUUAUAAAUAUAUCAUCACUUUUGCAACUGCCUUUCUUAAACAUACGCUGUCGUAAAUAAACAUACUUAUUAUAAAUUAA